GAAACCGACCAAUUUUAUUAAAAGAAAUGGUUGAUUAUGUUUUGGAGAAAACUGGCGAGGAGUUUUGUAUGGCAUCUAUUUCUCUAAUUUUAAAGAAAAUUAAAUAUUCCCACCAAGUAAUCCCUUAUCGCCAUCCUCAACAAAAAUCUAAUCUGCCCGAAGUUAUCCAGUUUAUGGAAAGAGCAAAUAAAUUGCCUCCUAGGCAAAUUUUAGCCACUGAUGAAAGCGGACACCCUUUAAAUCUAGCCCUUAAAAAAGGCUGA